AUGCCCCCUCCAGCAGAAUGUCUGGCGCCCAAUCCAGACGUUAGUGGCAGCGGGAUACGGAUUGCAUUCUAUAUCAACACACUUCUCAUAGCAGCUGUUCCGCGCGUGUACCCGUUUACAAAACUGCUAGAACCGCUCAAGACGAACAAUGGGCUAAAUGGGCUCGCCCUGUUGGUGACGGCAGUCGCACAAUCUGGGCACGAACUAUCACUCUACCAUGCCAUCAUUGUUAUACACAUGCUCACCUUUCUCGGUAUUGCGACGUCGACGACUGGAGAAUAUAAUACGACAAAGAUGCGUUUCCGGAUCAUUGCGUUUACCAGCUGGUGUAGCAUGAUCGCCUACUUUUAUCUGACGAUGAAAGUCUGGAUCAUGGUCAAGUCGUUUGGGAGCCAGCCAGAGUGCAACGACUGGACAGUGUACGUCCUUUUUGGCGUCUCUGUUCGUGCAACGGUGCCGUGGUUGCGGGGUGUCAUUCUUGCCCUUGUUGGUCUCGCAAUCAUAAAGUUUGUUGUCAGCACGACGCGGACCGUCAUCUCCCUCUGUUCUGACCGACGCAUAAACGACUCGGCGUCGGAAGAGUCGGACGAGAAGCAGGGGUUGUUUUCCACCAUUUCGAGGUGCCUCCCAUCACUCUACACUGAUCGUCGUAGCCCAGGGUGGAUUGCGCGUGUGCUUGCGAGCAUUUAUAGCGUGGUCAUGCUUGAGCUUACGAUCCGGAGGAACCCGUCGUCAGAUGAAGAAAAAGUCUGGUCGUUUGGCCAGAUUAUUGCGCUUCUCAUUACGCUCAUGACGGUCAACGAGAUUAUUCACUUUGUAUUCGGAGAGGAUCUAGACCUCAAUCUUGGACAGAAAUGCAUGGGCGUGCUCGUCGUGACUCGCAGUCAGGCAGGGGCUCUGAACUACAGGAUGUCGAGCAAGGACAAAGGGAUUAGGAGGUCGGCAUUCCAGAUGGAAAUCAUCACAACUGAAUAG